UACGGGUUGAGAAUGUGGGUUGUGUGUUGUGUUAAGUGGACAGCCACACUGGAAGGUUUCGCGGUGCGGUGGAAAAGACGCUUUUGGGUAAUGUCUGAGGUUCACGAAUAGUUUCGAAAUGGAAUGUCGUAGCGGCAGAGUCGGCGAGAGGCACCCGCGGGGUGGAAGUGCUCAGGAGCCGUCGCACGCCGCGAAUUCCUCGAACCAAGAUGGCGAACGUUCAGAUUGUGAAGAAGAACUGGCAUCCCAGUUUCAGGACGGUCCAGAGACGCAGAAGGGCAGAGGCUCUGACGCGAAAGGCAUUAGCUCUUCCACAGUGCCUGCCAAAUUAGCCGAGGAACCGCCGCGGCUCAACUUUCAGAUUCCGAGGAGGAACAAAGAAAAGAGAGCUCUCUUCCAGUAUUUGUCCUCAGACUCCAGAGAGUGUGCAGAAAUUCUAAAAAUAAUCACCUCUAGCUACAAGGAUCCCUCUUCAACUGGAAACUUUGUGUAUUCCAAACCUCGCCUAGUCCACAGUGAACCUCUGGAGAAAGAUUUCAUUGAGAAGAGAAAAGAACUGAAACAGGAAGGGCGCACUGAAAAAGAGCUCACAGAAUCUUUUUGUUUCGUGCUUUGUGACACCCAGAAGGUCCCUUUAGUGUGUGAGCGAGGCUUGUCAGUUGGAAGCAGCUGGAUGAACAUUUUGGGGAAUCCUUCUAAAGGCGUUUACCUGUGUCAGUUCUCUGACUUACUCCAGAUUAGUCCUUAUGACCCAGGCUCCACUGGAGAGAUGAUCGUUUUUAAAGUAAUAAAGGGGAAAGUAAAGAGUAUACAUGACAACAUGUCGAGAUGUUUGGACCCUACGCCCAAAUUUGACAGCCAUUUCUCAAAGAACGCUAACCGAGUGACCUCCCUGCAGUCAUACAGGGCCUUUGAGUACACUCAGCAAUAUUUCUAUGAAUAUGUGGAUUAUGAGCUCACAUCCAGGCCACGGCAUGUGUGCCCAUAUGCUGUGGUUUGCUUUCAGUUCAAAGCCAAAGAGGUCACAGCAGUGGGUUCCAAGCCACUGUUACCUUUGCAAAGGUCCAACAGCCUGCCAUUAGGAACAGAGAAGCGCAGUUAUAUUGUCUGGAGGGGGCAGUUUUUUAAUGCUGGGAAGGAAGUGUAUCAAACAAGUCUUCGGUCCCUUUUGCAACCUUUUCUACCUUUCAGACUACCAGAUAGGUUGGAGAUUGGCAAAGUUAUGAGACUGGACCAAAUAAAGGGGCUGAUUCCAUCUUCUCUCUUCUCCUGGGAUCUUUACUCUGGCAGCCAUGAAGUGUUCAAGAAGGGCCUGCACUGCAGUCUGUUUGAAGUGGUGGAGGAGAAAAACAAAUCCGGGGAGAGCUUGGCUGAACUGUUCCAGAAACUUGAAGAUGAGGGAUUGGUGUUGGUGAAUUCGUUGAGCGACAAUGGUUUUCUUUUCCUGCUGUCUUCAGAACAAAUGUCCAACACAAGUGAACGCCGUGCUGGUUGGAAAAAAUCGUGUCUACAAGCACUUUUUAUCUACCGUGGUGCACGGGAUGUGUCAAAAUUCUCAUGCAGACCCCAUUCUACCUGCCAGCCCUUGAUGCCCUUGCCUCAGGACCCUGCCAUGCCACGUCUGGGGUGCUUCAUUCCUGCAUUCCACUACGCCCUCAACAAAGUGCGCGCUAACCCUCCGGCCAUCCUCAGCGCCGGCGUGGAGCAGCAGGCUUACGACUACCUCAGCUCCCUGCGCGAGGGCAAGCUCGUUCAGCGUGCCCGGCUAGACUACGAUCACAAGCUGGAUGAGCGGGAGAAGCUCUUCCCUGCACCACGGCAAAAGUACAACUGGGAAAGCUACGUGCGCUCCUACUUCUAUGCUCCCGGCAUGUUCACCAUGCCUGUGGAGAAAGCCAAGAACAUGGUGGAUCUCCUCUGGUGUCCUCCUGAGGCCUGCAUGGAGAUUCAAGAUGGAAACGAGGCUCCAGCUGACCCAGAGAGACUGAAGGAACUUCUAAAGCUUAUUCAAAUGAAUAAAAAUCUAAAGGUAGCCAAGCAAGAGAAGAAAGGGUUAGAAGAAGGUGCCUUGGACGCUCACGGUGUAAAAAGGAAGUUGGAGGAAGAAGAACAUGAGAUCAGUCCCAAAUUUCAGAAGAUGGCUUCACUUGACAGUGGAGAAAUUGGAGGAGAAGUUAAGGAGCUCCAGUCAUGUCCGUUUCCGGUUGACAUGCUGUGCUGUGCUGGCCUUCAAGACACGGACCUGAGGAAGGACAAGGCUCAGGGUGCACUGAAGGUGGUGCAGCUGCUGGACAGGCUCAGCAAAACUACCCAGGACACAGACCUGAGGAAGGACCGAACACAGGGUGCCAUGGUCAUGAAAAUGCUGGAGAACCUGGAUAAAACACUACCUGGCUCGUCUGUGGUCGGCGCUGAGCGGCAAGAGCUGGGGGAGAGUGGAGAGGACACAGCUGCUCUCUAUGAUAGCAUGACCAGACUCGGCCUCCCCACUAACUGCGACAUCGACCUUCGGAAUCAAUUUGUAGAUGACGAUCAAGAAGCACAAGGGAAGAAUGAUCUUGAGAGGAAGACGGGAAGAGACGUGGGUAACAGGGCGCAGGUGCAGGCUGGAAAGGAUGAGACUGCUGGCAGCCUGAGCAGCCUGGAGGCAUUCAGUCCAUGUUCAGACACCAAUGGACAGCAGCGUGGGGUGAACUUGCUUGGAGAGAAAUCGAUACCGUGGGUGCUAAUACCCAUAACAGGCCUGAAAACUGAGAGAUACAGCCAUCGAAAAGAUGAGAGUCUGGAGGACCCUCGUUUCCUUCAAAGCCCAGUGGUCUCGACACGCUCCAGUCUGGAGAAAAAGGAUCUUGUGUGUUCCGAUCUGCCUGACUGCAACGAUGUCCGGGCUGAACAUGAGCUGGAGCCCAUGGAUGACCGGGACACCAACCUCACAGAUGAACUGAAAUUUUCCCAUUCUCAGGAACAGAAGGGGACUCCACUCAGUGGUGUUGACUGCAUAGUUGACAAACAAAUCUCUGAAUUUUCCUCUGAGGUAGAGGACCUCUUGAGAGAGGAGCGCGUGUACUACAUUCCCUUCUCGAGCAGUCAUGGCAACAGAAACCCACCACAGACUAUGGCACAGUUCUCUGAGUAUGUCUCACACUUCAACAUGCCCCUACCUGUGCACAGUUACAUUAACUCAUUCAGAGAUAGUAUAAGAGUUUUCCUAGACCCCCAGCAGAGCAGGAAUGGAGGAACGGCAUGUGCGUUCUCAGCUUUGCCCUCUCCCACGCACUCUUCUGUUUCCCCCUCUGCUCUAGAAGCUCUUCCUUCCGACGUGCCUCUUUCCGUGUCUCCACUCGUUAGCACGCCGCUUUGCUCCCCAGUCGCUGCUUUUGCUUCGAAUCCGCUGACCGGCGGCUUGCCUGCUGGCACUCACGGCCUGCUUCCUCCUCCUAAUCCAACCUACGGUAGGCCAGAGCAGGCGGGGCAACCUCGCCCGGACGUCUGUAAUGAGGUCCCGCCUCCGCCUUUGCUCGACAUGCAAAAGACGGGCAGACAAAGUCAGGCAGAGCAGAGUGUGCUGGUCCCUGAGAGGCAGGAAAGCGGGGCUCCAUGUAGAUCCAGUCCAGGUGAGCCUUUAGACAGCUCGACUGCUGGUCCUGCUGAAGAAAUCCAGUCUAGGUUGGGCCUGGAUGUGGGCGAAAGCGUGUCCAGCGCCAGGCCGGCGAGCGCCGGCACGCCCGAGGAGCCGGCCUCCAACGCCAUCAACAGUCUUCUCAGUCAGCUGCAGCCCGAGGUGUUCAGCAAUCUGGUCAAGAUCAUUGAAGGGGUGCAAAAGAACACCGUCCACUUCUACAUCCACUCAGUGGAGGAGGAGAGUGACACGUGCUGGGAAAUAAAGGAAUACCUAAAGAAGCUUGGGAAUUCGGAGUGUGAUCCUCAGACCUUUCUUGAGAACAAGGACAGUCAAGACAAGCUGCUUAUAAUCAUCCAAAAUGUAGACAUCGCUGCCCAUGUUCAUAAGAUACCUGCAUUAGUGUCUCUAAAAAAGCUUCCAUCAGUAAGCUUUGCUGGAGUAGACAGCCUUGAUGACAUCAAGAACCACACCUACAAUGAAUUAUUUGUUUCUGGGGGUUUCAUUGUCUCUGAUGAAUUUGUCCUUAACCCUGACUUCAUCACCCAGGACAAACUUCAAGCUCUUCUCCAAUAUCUUGAGGAGCUUAAUACACCAGAGAGUCCGUGGAGAUGGCGGGUGCACUGUAAAACUCACAAAAAGGUCAAAGAGCAAAGCAGGUCCAGUAGUGAAGCCCUGAGUGUCCUGAACCUUCUCACAAUGUACCACAAGAAACAAAUUGUUGAGUUUCUCUCAUACCAUGAAUGUGAUGCACAGUCACACCAAGCACCGGACCUGGACUGUCUGGUGAAGCUCCAAGCUCAAAACAUCAGACAGCGCCAUGUUAUAUUUCUCACAGAACGUCGUUUUGAGAUGUUUCCACAUUAUUCAAGCAGUGGUGUAGUUAUUGCAAACAUCGAUGAUGUACUGUAUAAUAUGGCCAGUCUGAUUGGAGAAGCUAGUGACAAACACCAUUCUUCAGACUUGCCUUCCUGUCCUGCAUCACCAACAUUGAGGGAGGAAGACAUGGACUCUGACAUUGAGCAUUCAGCCAGAAGGGAGUCUACCCUCCAAGACAGAACCACUGCUUGUACAGACCCUAGUCUUGGAGCUGAUCCACACCCAUGUGUAUCCCACCAUACAGUGGAAGACAAAGUCUCCACCAAUGAGGCACAAAAGGCAUUAGAUUUUGAGGCUUUGAAAGCAGCGAUUUCUCAGUUCCGGGUGGCUAGAAUGCAAGCAAACUCUACUCCAGGCCAACUGUCACCUAGAGCUCUCCCAAUCAAUCCCCAUCAAAGUCUUCUCAAUCAGGGUGACAUGGCUCCAACACAACCUCAGAGCUCUUCAAACGAUGGAAGUCUUUCCAGUCUGUCUGCUUCCUCAUUUCUUCCUCAUGCCCAUCUGCAUUUAGACCAAAUGCAGAAAGAGCAUCAUUUUAUUUUGGAAUCUGCAACUGAAGCCCAAGCACAUGGGGCUGGGGCUGGGCCUGGUCAAGUAGAAAUGGGAUCUACUGCAGAAUGCGCUACCGUGUCUCUGGAUGGGCCUCAAGUUGAAAUUUGUCCCAAAACAAAUGAUGUCUUGCAGCUGUCUGUUCAUGGCAUGGUUGAGCCGGCAACCCAUGUACUUUCCGCUGGAGUGAGUUUUGCUGCUGCUACAGACACGCAGCCUACUUGGAAUCGCACAACCAAAACUGACAUCUCUACUGAAACACCAGCAAGUCCAGCAGUCUGCAGGACUGAGGGUGACUGUGGUCAGGAUAAGCCUGCAUUGGAAAUGGCCACCACGAACAACCCAGUGCUUACUACCAGCUCAACAAAUGACCAAUCUAAAGACAGCACUGUUUCCACAGCUAAUGGCAAGCACAACAGCCGAGCUGGCCUACUUCCAGUGCCUGGAACUGUGGCUUAUGGAAUGAAUAAUGCUUUAGCUGGGGUGGACCGGAUGGUGCUGCCGGGCAGCAGUUUGUGGCCCACACCUCAACGCCCCAUGGGUCUAAACAGUCAUGGACAUCUCUCUCAGAAUGGUGCUAUUGGAGUGAGGUCACAGAUUUUGAACAGAUCCAUGACGAGCAGCUUAGGUAUGGUUACACAGUCAGGGCUAAGGGGGCUCUUCCCCAACAGUAGCAUGCAGGUGGCCUGGAACGGCUUGGCGCAAGGGACGUCAAAUGUUUGGGGCAUUCAGCAGGGUAUGGGAAUAAGACAGGUUCACAGGACUCAGUUUAUCCAGAGCUACACCUGGCAAGGGAAUCCCUCUUUCCAAGGAAACGGAUAUCCUCAUCGUAGGGGAGGCUACGGUGGCUGGUGAGCCAGUGUCACUUGUAAAUAGAAGUCUUGAUGUUUGCCCCUUUUUUUUUUUCUUUUCAGAGGAGGGGGGGG